AUGGAGUUCUUCAUUGCAAUCUACACUGUUUUUCUCUUUUAUGUUUUCGUUCAACUUUGCAAAAGAUUCUUGGGGCAGAAAAAUGAUUGCUGCUACAUGCUAAAUUAUGAAUGCUACAAGGCCCCUGAGGACAGAAAGUUAGAUACUGAAUCCUCUACUAGAAUCGUUUUGCGAAACAAGAAUCUUGGAUGGGAGGAAUACAAGUUUCUUUUAAAAACCAUGGUCAGUUCAGGCAUUGGUGAAGAAACUUAUUGUCCCAAAAAUGUCAUUAUGGCUAAAGAGGAGAACCCCGCUUUGAUUGAUUCCAUUGAGGAAAUGGAUGAUGUCUUUUUCGAUACACUUGACAAUCUCUUUUCUAAAUCAGGGAUUUCUCCACAAGAAAUUGACAUACUUGUGGUGAAUGUCUCUUUACUUUCUUCAGUUCCUUCUUUAACAGCUCGAAUCAUAAACCGGUACAAAAUGAAGUCUGAUAUUAAGGCUUUUAAUCUGUCCGGAAUGGGGUGCAGCGCGAGCCUUAUCGCGAUUGAUCUUGUUCGUCAAGAGUUUAAGAUUCACAAGAAAGCAUUUGCCAUUGUUGUUAGUACUGAAUCCUUUGGUGCGAACUGGUAUUGUGGCAAAGACAAGUCGAUGAUGCUUUCCAAUUGCCUAUUUCGAUCCGGUGGUUGUUCAAUGCUUUUCACAAACAACCCCGAUUUAAAAAAUCGAGCCCUCUUCAAGUUAACGUCUAUGGUACGCACUCAUUUUGGCUCGAAUGAUGAGGCAUAUGAAUGUUGCAUCCAAGUCGAAGAUAGUCAAGGCUACCCGGGUUUUCGACUCACCAAGAAACUCACAAAGGCAGCUGCUCAAGCUUUUAUCAUAAACCUAAGAGUUUUAUUACCAAAAAUUCUACCUCUGUGGGAAUUAAUCCGGUAUGCCUUGGUAUAUCACCGAUGGAGUAAAGAAAAGAGCCCAAUGCUUGAAGGAGUUGGUGCAGGUUUGAAUCUAAAGUCACGCGUAGAUCACUUCUGUAUACACCCUGGUGGUAGGGCAGUCAUUGAUGGAGUUGGCAAGAGUCUAGGGCUUUCCGAACACGAUCUUGAACCGGCUCGAAUGACACUUCACCGCUUCGGCAACACGUCGGCUGGUGGCCUCUGGUAUGUUUUAGGCUACAUGGAGGCCAAGAAGAGACUCAAGAAGGGUGAUAGAGUUUUCAUGAUAAGUUUUGGUGCUGGUUUUAAGUGCAACAAUUGUGUGUGGCAGGUUAUGAGGGACUUGGAGGAUGCUAAUGUAUGGAAAGACUGUAUAGACAAAUACCCUCCAGAAACCCUAGCCAAUCCUUUCACUGAGAAGUAUGGGUGGAUCAAUGAUGAACGCUUGAGCUUUCUUAGAAUUGAAGAUAUUCUCCAUUUUUCAUCGGGAUCCUCUGGAGUUAAAGAUGUGUUGUCCGUUCAUUAA